CCCAGCAUUCUAGAGCCUGCAGCCACUGCCUUUGCUGCUGCCACUGCAGGGCUGUCACCUCUCCUUCUCAGCCUCUGACCACCUGCUGCACCCCACCCCCAACCCAGCUGCUCCUGUCACCUGGCCAUGACCUCGGCCCCCGCAGGGACCCUGGCCCAGCCCUGAGCCCUGGAACCCCCAUCCCCUCCCCUGGGCCAUGGCCAACGCAGGCCUUCAGCUCCUGGGCUACUUCCUGGCCCUGGGUGGCUGGGUGGGCAUCAUCGCCAGCACAGCGCUCCCGCAGUGGAAGCAGUCCUCCUACGCAGGCGACGCCAUCAUCACCGCCGUGGGCCUCUACGAAGGGCUCUGGAUGUCCUGCGCCUCCCAGAGCACCGGCCAGGUGCAGUGCAAGCUCUAUGACUCGCUGCUUGCCCUGGAAGGUCACAUCCAGUCAGCGCGAGCCCUGAUGGUGGUGGCUGUGCUCCUGGGCUUCGUGGCCAUGGUCCUCAGUGUCGUCGGUAUGAAGUGCACCCGGGUCGGAGAUAGCAACCCCAUCGCCAAGGGCCGAGUGGCCAUCGCUGGGGGUGCCCUCUUCCUCCUGGCGGGCCUCUGCACGUUGACGGCCGUCUCGUGGUAUGCCACACUGGUGACCCAGGAGUUCUUCAACCCCAGCACACCCGUCAAUGCCAGGUACGAGUUUGGUCCAGCCCUGUUUCUGGGCUGGGCCGCCGCCGGCCUGGCCAUGCUGGGCGGCUCCUUCCUCUGCUGCACGUGCCAGGAGCCCGAGAGAUCCAACAGCAGCCCGCAGCCCUACCGGCCCGGCCCCUCGGCAGCUGCCCGAGAACCAGUUGUUAAAUUGUCUGCCUCCACCAAGGGCCCCCUGGGUGUGUAGUGUCCAGGUUCCCCAGCCUGGCUCUGUCCCCCUGCCACACCUAGACCGGGUGCUUGGUGUCUUUUGGAAAGAAAAGUGAACAUCCAGCCCUGAGUGUGGUGUCAUUUGAUCUGUCCCUGGUAUGAUGAGGGUGGGGCCUGGCGCAGAGAGGUCAGAGCUGGUCCCUGGGGUCCUUGGGCACAAAGAGAGGGAGACAGACCCAGUGUGGAUUACACAGCACAUCCAAGCUGAUCAGGAACCUCCCUACCUGUCCUUGGGUUGGCACCAGGACCUCCUUGAUUGGAGACCCCCAGUCAAGGGAAAAUUAACCCAGAUCAGCCCCUGCCCUCAUGCUCAGGCCUCUUCCAUCCCAGACAUCCUCCCGGGACCCUGAGUCUCUCUCUGGCCUCUGCCCUCUGUCUCUCCUGACUGGAAAGAGCUGACCACAGCUCUUGGAAAGAACUGUCCCUUGCCUUCCCCCGCCCUCCUCAGCCAGCUCUGUCCUGGCUUCCUCCACCACCUGUCCUGGGACAUCUCCCACCAAGUCACCAGAUCCUAAGGACACAGCCCAGCCUUGUCCCCUGACGUGCCUCUGAGAGGUGAAGUCAGACAAAAUGACUAUCACGCAUGCACUCUCCAGGAGAAGGUAGGGGUGGGAGGGGAGAAGCAGAUGGCAGAGCUGCUGUGGGAUCAUCCACAGGCGCCCCAGCGUGGCAGCGGCUGCACGUACACAGGGGCGCCUCAGGGGCUGCAGGGGGUGGGCAAUCUGAGCCCAAGUGGGGUCACCAGAGCCCUGCCCCCCGAACUAUGAACGAGAACUACAGAAGAGUGUCUCUGGGUGCCUGACGCUAUAACGCAGCGGUUCUUGGCUCUGGGUGUGCACAUUCGAGUCCCCUGGGGAGCUGAUGCCCAGCUCACCCCCCACCCCAGGCGUCCCAACCUAAUGGGCCUGAGGUGGACCUGGGCGUCUGAGGUCAGCAGCACUGAGGGCACUUCUCUGAGGCCUGAAGUUUGGGGCUGGGGGGGGGCACAUUUCUUGCCCCUCUGAGGAGGUCUCAUGUACAAGAAGAGGCAGGACAGACAAGAGGAAGCCCGUUUCCCUCUGCCUUUCCUGGGACCAGGCCGUUUCAUGAGAUCCCCACACCCUCUCAAGAAAUAAACC